ACAUAGUGCUUGAGGACAAACCAUCAACGACUAGUUUCAGCAAAAGGGAGAGGACUCGCUUUUAUAAGUUGAUUCAUCUAGACAGAAAACUGUUAAUGUCUGCACGAGCUCUGCUAAUACAAGCCUUAUACAUAACUCUCCUUGCAAUAAUCUGUGCACACAACUCUGUGUGGACGUCGUAUUUACAGAACGAGGCUCUGGAGAAACGUCUGACUCCGAUUCAUAAGAUCAAUAAGACCGACGAUGUUUGGGCGUGGUUUCGCGGACGAUUUUCUGAUGCUGUUUAUCCAAAACUGUUUUACAAUGGUGAUGUAAGGCUGGAUGAAGCAAGGUCUUUCAUGAACGACGACGUCAGCUACCGUAUUGGUUUGGCCAGGAUUCGUCAAAUUCGAGUAAAAGGUUGGACGGCAUUUAAUCCGAAGAAGUGUAAUGGUUCGGAAUGGACGUUUAAAAAUGAAGACGAGACCAAUUCCCUGACUAUAUUCAGCAACCACGAUGUCUACGGCGGCGGAGGAUAUGUCAAAAUACUGGAUCAAUCCGUGAAGGAGGUCAGAAAUGACCUCUAUGCCAUGCAAGCUUACGGAUGGAUAGACCUUUAUACUCGACUUAUCGUUGUAGAAUUCGUCUUAUACAAUCCAGAUUCGAAACUGUUUUCCUUACCUACGAUAACGAUUGAAAUGCCACAGACAGGAGGAUAUUAUCUGACGGUGAAGAUAAAAACAGCUCGAUUGUAUCCCUAUAUAGACACGUUUGACUUCUUUGUGCUUGGAUUUCAAUUACUGUUCCUUAUUAUAACGUUUUGUAAAUUCGUGACAUUUGAUAUCAUUGAUGUCAUGGACUCCGCCUACAAAGUGUGUAUCAGUGUAGAGUUGUUUGUGGCAGUGCUGAACCUACUGCGUCCACUGACCUUCAAUUAUAACAUUUACCUAAUGAGGACGUCUAUUUCUCUUUGCGCCAAGGACUUGAUGAGCUUUGGAAUUUGCAUUUUGGUUCCUAUGAGCGGUUUUGCAAUCCUUUGCUUCGUGUGCGUAGGGCCGUAUCAGAUGGAUUUCCGGGACAUAUUUACCGCCUUUAUUACAUUGUUUCGAACAUUAUUGGCCAUGGUCAAAAUUCGGGACACGUUCGGAGAGAACGACAUCGCUAUCAGUUUUGGUUUCUCUGUAUUCUUAUUUGUGAUGACCAUCCUUAUGGUGAACUUUUGUAUCAGUAUCCUUAACGACGCGUUCAGUUAUGUGAAAAAGAAGAAACCAAUGUCAUCAGAUAUUGAUGCGUACGACAUGGAAUUACACAAUCAUUUUUGGCGUAAAAUAAAUGAUGCUCUGAAAAUCUUUCAAAGAAAACAAAAAACGACCGAUGCUAUUGUUGAAGACAAGGCUGGAGUUCUGGGCCUAUCAAUGACUCUUGACAAUCAGAUAUUCAGAAUUGUCAGUCAAGUGGAACGCGCCUACAGAAAUGAAGAAACGUUUCAGAAAAAGUACAAGUCUAUGAUGAAUAAGCUUCCCAAGAAAAGUCUUGUCCUUGAAUACGAAGACACAUCUUUUUCGUUCCGAUUUGACGACAUUUCCGAAGAAUCAGACAGCGAUACUUAUUCAAAUUAUUAUAAUUUACC